CAAAAAAAAAUCCAACCGCAAUAUUCUCUUCUCUCUCUCUCUAUCUCUCUAUCUUAUCUUGAUAACCCCAAAAUCAACACACACACUACGGACAAUCACGAUGGCAACCGCCGUCGUCGUUAGAUUCCAGCCACCGUCGACGGCGAUUUACUCUCCGAAGCUCAACGGAACUGGUUUUCAUGGAAUAACGGCACAUAGUUCAGUUUCAGCAAAAUACACCGCUGCCCCUCCAGUUUCCUGCAAAUUACACGAGAGUAAAGAUUUUGCAGUUCCAAGAAGAAACGCAAUGGCAUUGAUCCUAUCAGGUUUCGUCUUCUCGCAAGCCAAUUAUCCACACAACGCUGCAUUUGCACAGCCCGUCGAAUUCAGAGAAUACAUAGAUAACUUCGACGGCUACUCGUUUAUGUAUCCUUACAACUGGAUUCGAGUGCGUGGAGCCGGUGCAGAUAUAUUCUUCCGAGAUCCUUAUGUACUCGAUGAAAAUGUUAUGGUUGAAAUAUCUUCACCUUCAUCGUCUUAUUACAAGAGCGUCCAAGAUUUAGGUUCACCUGAAGAAGCUGGCAAGAAAGUGCUGAAACAGUAUUUGACCGAGUUCAUGUCUACAAGACUCGGUGUCAGGCGUGAAUCUAGUAUUCUUACAACCUCGUCGAAAGUAGCAAGUGAUGGAAAGCUAUACUAUGUUGUUGAGGUGAAUAUAAAGUCGUAUGCAAACAACAAUGAAUUGGCUGUGAUGCCUGAGAAUAGGGUGGCGCGUCUAGAGUGGGACCGGCGAUAUCUUUCGGUUCUUGGAGUUGAGAAUAAUCAGUUGUACGAGUUGAGGUUACAGACGCCCGAGAAAUCGUUUUUGGAAGAGGAAAGUGAUAUUCGCCGGGUCAUGGAUUCUUUUAGGGUUAACAAGAUUGCUGCUUGAGAAGGAACCUUUUUCGAGGCUACUUUCGUUCUAGGUUCGAUUCUAUUUUUUGUGCACUUAUUUUUCAAGUUAAUACUAAAACAAGUCUUGUAAUGAGAAAAAGUUUGUAUUCGGAUGUUGUGUUGCCAUUUAUAAAUAUUUUGAAUCAUCUUUUAUUGAAAUUUGAGCUAUUUUC